UAACCGAACCAGAAAGGUGGAUGCUUCACCUUCUACAUUCAUUCCAAAAACAGGCGCAAGUUGUUUUGCAUUUAACUUUCACCAAUUGCGUACCCUAGCAUCUUAGUUCCCAUAUAUAUAUAAUCCUUCACCUUUGAGGUUGCCGCUGCUUUCUGAUAAAGGUAGACAAGGGGGAACAAGAAUGGUGAGAGCAAUGAAGAAUUUUAGUUGAUUUGUUUAGGAUGUUGAGAAAUUAAUGGAUGCAGCAAGGGCUAUCUUUGGUGUGGUUUCCAUUUUUUCUUUGCUUUUCUGAAACUUGAUCAAAGCGUUCAGCAAUUCAGAACGCGAGAGUAAUUAGGCCAAACCAGCCUCUGUUCUGUGCUAUGAUGAAAUCACAGAUGUAUGGUGUUUGGUUCUUGGUUGCAGGCAGGAGAGGGAGCAGAGUGGUGGAGUGAGGAGACGGUGGCGGUGGUGACGGGAGCAAACAGAGGGAUCGGGCUGGAGGUCUGCAGGCAGCUCGCAGACAAGGGGCUGACGGUCAUUAUGACUGCUCGGAAGCCGCAGGAGCAACUCUCAAGCGCUGCUCAACAGUUCUUACAAGAAGCAGCAGAAACGGGGAGGAAGAAUGUCAUCUUCCACACUCUGGAUAUUACUCAGCAGCAAAGUGUGUUGGAUUUCGUCGAUUGGUUGAAGCUGACUGUUGGAUUCGCGGAUAUUCUGGUAAAUCACGCUGCUGUUGACAAUUCAGUGAUAGAUUGGAACCUAAAGGAAUGGAACAAUGUCGACCAAAGCACCAUGCUGGCACUUCUUACAUGGGCAAAUGGGGUCUCAGACAAAUACGAGUCGGCGAGGGGAUGUCUAGAGACCAACUUCUAUGGAACCAAGAGAUUGACCAAGGCUUUGCUCCCUCUCCUGCGCCCCUCUUCUCACAAGCCAAGGAUUGUCAAACGUCUCAUCCAGAUAUGGACUACUCUUCUAAGGGAUGAAGAGUUAAGGAAACAACUGUGUGAAACGGCGAGCUUAACAGAGGAAAAAAUCGACGAGGGGUUGGACAUGUUUCUUGAAGAUGUGAAGUCUGAGAAGGGCAUGGACAGGUGGCCCAUUAAGUAUCCCACUUACUCCAUCUCCAAGAUUUCGUUGAAUGCAUACACGAGGCUUUUGGCCCUUCAAUUGCAUGACAAAGCUUGCGUCAACAGCGUGCACCCUGGCUACGUGAGGACUGACAUGAACCUUGGCAAUGGCGAUCUCUCUCCGGCGGAAGGCGCCGCCAAUUUGGUGCGAGUUGCUCUCCUCCCUCCCGGCGGACCUUCCGGCCACAACUUCCUUGAAGGCGAGGAUGUUGAGUUUUAGUGAUCACCAAAUAGUUUUUGGCAUUCAAUCCAAACUUGUGGUGUUUGUUUCAUUUGUCUUUCUUCAUUUUUGGUUUAUUUUGUGACGCAAUAUUUGCAGUUUCAUCGUUUAAAAAUGUUAAGCAAGUUCAAUCUUUUGCAGAUUAAGAUGG